UUAUAAAAAUUUUAAAAUGUGAGCGACACGUGUAUAUGUUGUUAAAACUGUAUCAACUCCAAAAAAGGGCCUGCUCCAACUUCACAAAUGGAAUUGUUCAAGUCCCAGAAUCGGAGACUGAAGCUGGGUUACAAGGGAUACAUCUACACCAGGGACAAGAUAAGGAAAAAUCACGUCACUUGGCAGUGUGAGAAAAUGAAAUGUAAAGGAAGAGCUAAAACUCCAUCGGACUACUCAAGCCGAGAAGGUGAAGAUAUUGUGACAGUCACUCAAGAUCAUACAGGUCAUAUUCCUAAUGGCGUUGACUGUGAUAUAGCCAGGAUCAAGACCAGGGUGUUUGAGCUCCAACAUUCUGAGGAAUCUGCAGAGAAGAUAGCUGAAGACCUCCUGGCAUCCACGUCAUCUUCUGGAAGAGUAGGACUGAGACUUCGUGGUGUGAGAGGAUUAUCCAAAUCCAUCAAGGCUCUUCGUCGAAGACAAAAUCAAAUGCAAGACAUAGACAACCUGGAUGAUGCUUUCAUAAUCCAUCUGUUGAACGGAUUUUACUUUUUGGCUCCAAGAAUGCUUUGA